GUUGUUGCUCUGUAUGAUUGAAAUGUUCACCUUCCGUGUGAAUUGAUUAUAUGCUGACAUUUUCUAAUUAUUCGUAUUGUGUGAAGUCAUUGACAUAAUUUUCUGUCAAAGUUGGGAGGAACCUUCAGUACACUGUUUCUGGUGGGAAGGGAUUCUUUGUUGCACCCUGCGUGCGCAUUUGUUAUUCAACCGGCUUAUAACAGGAGUAGCUAACAUCCUUAUACUGAAAUUGCCAUAUUAAAGUUGUUUUAACUUACAUAAUGUCGGAUGCCUUGAUUCAAUGGUGUGUGGACCAGUUGCACCACAACUUUGGCUUGGAGGCCAGUGAAGACAUAGUCCAGUAUAUUCUGUCCAUCGACAAUGCGGACGAGAUAGCGGAGUAUGUUGGGGACCUCCUUCAGGGCACUGAUGGAAGGAAGAAGCAGUUUAUAGAUGAACUCCUGGACAGAUGGCAGCGGUCUCAGACACUGACUCCUGACAGCACUGGCCUGUUCCCCAUAAACUCUCUGUCAGGAACAGAUGCUCAAGACAUGUCCAAGGACUCCCAGAAGAAAUCCAAGCGCAAAGGCAGGAACAAGCAAGAGGUGAUGGUUGUUAGCCAAGCAGAGCCUGAGCCUGAGGUGGUGAAAACUCCCAUUGACCUAAUGAAGGCCCAGGAGAGCGGCAGCUCCUCGUCACAGAAGAAGAAGAAGAACACAUUUGUGAGCCUCUACAAUAAAGAGGGCCAGGACAAGCUGGCUAUCCUGCUGCCCGGGCGCCAUUCCUGCGAAUGUCUGGCCCAGAAGCACAACCUCAUCAACAACUGCAUGAGCUGCGGACGCAUUGUGUGUGAGCAGGAGGGAUCAGGGCCCUGCAUCUUCUGCGGAAGCCUGGUAUGCACCAAAGAGGAGCAAGAGAUUCUGCAACGAGACUCCAACAAAAGUCAGAAACUGCGCAAGAAACUUAUGGAGGGGGCAUCGGAGAGGGGCUGUCUUCCACACCAAGAGGCAAAGAUGAAGGCAGGGUUAGAAAAGGCCCUUCAACAUAAAGACAAACUGCUGGAAUACGAUACGAACAGUACGCGACGAACGCAGGUCCUGGAUGACGAGUCAGACUACUUUGCCACCGACUCCAACCAGUGGCUGUCGCCUAGCGAGCGCGAGCACCUGAGGAAGAAGGAGGAGGAGCUACGGGAGCUUCGCCACGCCUCCAGGAAGGACAGGAAGAUCACGCUGGACUUCACAGGCCGACAGGUGCUUGACGAGGGAGAGAACAACAGUCAUUACUACAACAAGUUUGACGAGACGGUCAAGGCCCUCAACACAGGCACCAAGGGGAAAGCUCCCCAACACCCUGAGGGACCAGCGGGGCGGCAGCACCUGAGAGAGCUGGUCAACCCCAACAUCGUACAGGCUGCACCCAAGUGGGUGGACGUGGGCAGUGGCCCUCGGAGAUCUCAUGAUAAAGGUGUUGUUGGUACAGAGGGAGACGGCGCUGUUGGCCCAGAACGCUCCAGACUCCGGCUGCAGGACAGAGAGCUGCAGGAGAUGGCAGACGGGGGCUGGUGCCUCAGCAUGCACCAACCAUGGGCCUCGCUACUGGUCAAAGGAAUAAAGAGGGUGGAGGGGAGGAGCUGGUACACAUCCCACCGCGGCCUCCUGUGGAUAGCAGCUGCAGCCAAGAGGCCCACCCCUGAGGAGGUCACUCAGGUGGAGAACAUGUUCCUUCAGAUCUACAAGAGAGAUCUUAAGUUUCCUAAAGACUACCCCACCGGCUGCCUGCUGGGCUGUGUCAACAUGACGGACUGUCUGUCUCAGGAGCAAUACAAGGAGCAGUUUCCUCAGACCUGCGAGGAGUCUGGCUCUCCGUUCGUCUUCGUCUGCACCAACCCUCAGGAGCUGCUGGUGAAAUUCCCCAUGAAAGGGAAACAUAAGAUCUUCCAAGAGAAGACUAUGCAAACAGUGAGCUGUGUUUGCCCUGUGUGGUUGAGCAGUGAUCCAGGAACGCGCUCAGUCGACAGUUCCCCGGGACUCCAAACAGACCAUGACUCCAGUCCUCAUUAUAACAGUGGGACGGACCAGCUGAGGACCGAACAUAAAUAAUGCAGAGAGAACCAGAGUUCUGCUGACAAACCCUUCCCCCUUGACCACAUGGUUGAACCCCUAGCCCUGGAGGGCAUGGUAAAGACAUCCCUUACGACACCAUACCACACCGUUAUGACACUCUAUUCCUGUGACUGACAUAUUUUCUACCUCCUCUCCACGGGGCCCUAUAUGGGGUUUCCUAUGGAUGUGGGCACGGGCCCACAG